GCACUGUCUCUCUAAUCCUCGCUGAGAGGAUAGGCUUAGUAAAACUACGAGUCUGUGAGGCCUGCCAUAUUGACUGUGCUUUUUCUUCAUUUUAACGAUAACAUAAUAAUAUUGUAUUUAAUUGUUUCUGCAGGAAAGUCAGAUCAGUGUAGGAUAAGAAGUGAAGGGCUGAUAAAUUCCAGCUGGAGUUCAGGUUAAGGUUUUAGGAUAUGCGGUCCAUCCUCCUCAUCUUCAGUUUCUCCGUCUGAGGACGGAGCUCUCCUCUCUGUGUUGUUAAAGGUUGGUAUUUAGUGAUAGUCCAGGAGUUUGAAAGGCCGCAGAUCCACCAGCACCGAGCGCCAAGAUGAAGGACCGUUUGGCCCAGCUGAAAGAGAAGACAGAUACAUCACCUGAUGAUGUGGAGAUCCAGGUGGAAAACAAGGAAUUUAUGGAUGAGUUCUUUGCUCAGAUCGAAGAGAUCCGCACCAGUAUUGAUAAGAUUGAUGAGAAUGUGACUGAGAUAAAGCGCCUGUAUUCAGUCAUUCUCUCUGCACCUACAUCAGACCAGAAGACACAAGAUGACUUGGAGGCCAUCACCAAUGAGAUCAAGAAAUCAGCCAACAAUGCUCGCAACAAGCUCAAAAGCAUUGAGCGAAGUUUGGAGACAGAAUCAGCGGAGCGAGUUUCAGCUGAUAUGAGAAUAAAAAAGUCUCAGCAUGCUAUCCUUGCAAGAAAGUUUGUGGAAGUCAUGACCAAGUACAACGAAGCUCAGAUGGAGUUCAGAGACAAGAGCAAGGGACGCAUUCAGAGACAGCUAGAGAUCACGGGUAAAGCCACGACCGAUGAGGAGCUGGAAGAGAUGCUGGAUGGCGGCAAUGCAGCCGUCUUCACGGCGGGGAUUAUGGACUCAGGCAUCUCCAAGCAGGCCUUGAAUGAGAUUGAAGCGAGACAUAAAGACAUCAUGCGGCUGGAGAGCAGCAUUAAGGAGCUGCACGACAUGUUUGUGGACAUCGCCAUGCUGGUGGAGAAUCAGGGAGGCAUGAUUGACAGGAUUGAGAGCAACAUGGACCAGUCAGUGGGCUUUGUGGAGCGAGCAGUUGCUGACACCAAAAAGGCAGCCAAGUUUCAGCAGGAAGCACGCAGGGUAAAGAAGCCAUCUACCCCAUUCCAACUUGGUUUGGCCUCAUCUGUGCAGACUUUAUCCCUUUCUUCUCUUAGUUUAUUCAAUUUUUUUUCAUUCUAUUUUCAUAUUUGCAAUUCUUUGUUGAACCAUAAUUUUGAUUGACUUGCCCUGCCUGUCUUUGAAGGCCUACAGUUCAAUUUGUAUUCAAUUUGUAUUUAAUUAGCUUGUCAUUAGUAUAGUGACCCUGUAUAAUAUUAAUGCUAAUUGUAAACUUUCCUAAUGUAAAUGAUGCACUCAGGGAGUUUAGUGUGAAAUUAAAUCUUUUUUCUUUGGUAAUUUGUUUAUCUAAUGCACAAUAACUCAUCAUCAGCAGAGGGCGUUUGUGUCUCAUCUUUAAAGGUUGUAUGCUAAGAUAAAUACUAUUAUUCAUUCAAAAUGAAACAUCUGUUUUAAAACAACCACUCUUUCAGGCCAUGCUAUUUUUUAUUAUUUUUUUGAUGUGGUUAUUUUAUACCAAACAGAAACUACUGAAAACUGUGUAGGAUAGAAGCAGAGAUGGCUUACAACAGGUUGGAUUUUGUUUUAUGUAGUUGCAAGCUUGCCUUUUUAUUCAUUCCACUCAGUUUAAAUCAAGAAAAGAUUGGACAAUAGGUCAUUUCCAUAAUUCAUAUUUAUGUGAAAUAUGUAUCUUGUGUAAGCCUGUAAGUAUUGUAGGAGUGCAACGACACUGAAUAAAAGGGGAUAUGUAAUUUGA